AUGGAUUCCGUAGCGGAGAGGACCGACGACGAGUUCGUGAGCAAGAUUCAGGGGAGGGGAGGGGCGACUCUGUUGGCGGAGGCGGGGGCAGAGGAGCAUAGUGCUGCUGCAGGAGGACGACGUCGGAUAAGUUUCACGAGCUGGAGCAGGCUGGGGUUGUACGACGUUGAUUUCAGGUGGGGGAAGCUGGUGUGGGUGGGUUAG